GGUCUGACCGCCCCAGUAACACAACGGCAAACAGCGGUAGAGCGGCUCCCAGGUGGCUCACUCCUCAUGCCCAGAGCUGCAGAAUCAGGCAGAGGAUACGCAACAGAAGAGGGACUGCAGGAGAAGACGAGCGUCCGGGGAAGAGGAAUCAGAGGGCGCACGGGUGUCAGGAAGGUGAUGCAGCAGACCAGGUGCUGCCUGGUGCUGCUGACAAGCGGCUGUUUCAUAGUACAGGUCCUAGGUGCCGAGCUGCUAUCCCAUCCGCGGGAUGUGCUUAUGGAAUCAGUCAACAUGAGGCACGUGCUCAGGUGGAGCCCCCCUGUGGUCGCAUGCAGCACUGUCAGAUACUCGGUGCAGUUCCAGGGGGAGUUUGAGCUCCACAUCUUGAAUGGAAGUUGGGAGAAUUCUCAGGCUUGUUGGCUGACCACCCUUAACGAGUGUGACCUGACUGCUGACCUUGCCUCCGACUCGGACUACAACCUCCGCGUGCAGGCCCGGUGCGGCGAGGCUGCUUCCCGCUGGACCAAUCUCCCCAGGCCUUUCAACAGGGAACAGACGAGGCUCACCAUACCCAUCGUCGGCGUGCGGGUGUCCGGGACGUCCGCGCAAGUCGACCUGCCUGACCUACCCUCCACCCUGGAGCUGUUCCUCACAUACUGGAGAAAAGGCCAGAAGAUAAAGGUGUCCCCGCUGAAGGUCCCUCAGAAGUGGCGUCCCUUUCACAUGAGCGGCCUGCAGGAGGGAGCCACCUACUGCUUAUUCGCCCAGGUCUACUUUCCUAGCAGCAACAGAAGCACCAGCUCAGAAGAUCAAUGUUUCCAUGUGCCAGACUCCUCACUCUGCUUGCUGGGGCCAGUCACCGUGUUUUUCGCCUUGGUGCUGCUUGUGGUCCUGGUCCCCGUCCUGCUGUGGACUGCGAGACACUUCUUCUUCAUCCUCUUACAUAACUGCUGGCACCAGGAGCCGCUGCCAGCUGCCCUAAUUCAUGAUGUUGAGGAUGAAAUGAUCUACCUGAUAAAACUGGACCACGGUGAAGAGCACCACGCCAUCCUAGUGUUAGAGCCCAGCCACACGGGCACGCAGAUGUCACCCAUAUGAUCAGCAACCCACUGAAUGUGAACCCUGCCAAUAGGAAGAGCCAGCCUCACUCUAAGCAACCAUCUUGCACAGUUGUCUGUCUCUGGGGGGGGGGGGGGGGGAAUCCACUGUUUCUCACCACCACGGAACUACAUCUAGCAUCAAAACAACUAGCAAAUGGAUGACUGCUGGUUCAAAGCCCUGAAGGUCACCCGCACAAGUGUGGCAGGACUCACCGCCCCCAGAGAAGGUCCCAGUCGGCCCGUGGCAGUCUUGCUGACAUAACUAACAAACGUAGAGAUGGCACCUAGGGUGAGGGACACAGGUGUCAGCUGCAGAGGUCCCUGCGGAGGAUGGC